CGCGCUAUAAGUCGUAUAUCUUGUGAUAUUUAUAGAGCAGUCGAGGUGUGUGACCCCCAGUAUACCACAUUCAGUUAUACUACAGUUAGUCGAGGAGCUCAUGUGUAGUAAGAACUUCUGUUAUAUAUAAACCUCGAAUACAUCACCUAUAUUUUAGCUUUUCAAAACUUUAACACAAACACGUACGGAUUAACUAGGACGGAUUAACAUAAGGGAUUAAUAUUUGGAAGGUUGAUUAUCAUCUGCUGUUUGUCAUGGAUCAGAAGAGUGAGAACAAUCAUUUAGAACAUAUAAGUACGGCCAUGUAUAAAGGUCGUGACUAUGUUCUAUAUCUCAUGUCCUUCUUGCUGUAUCGCUUCACUAGAUCUAUUAUAGUCACCUUCCAGAAAUUCACCUGGGCCAUUACAGGAGUCGAGAACAUCCGUCGUGAUGCCCGACGGGGAUUACAGUUCCGACAGAGUGCUCACGUUUUGGAUAUAUUCUGGAAACGGAAGUUCCUUCCUCACACGAUUGCGGAUCCCAAAGAUUUUAUAGCACUUCAUAGUUGUUUUAAACAUCCCAACUACGUUUUAAAACCCAACGUUUCCUUGUACUGCAUGACAAAAACAGACGCCAUAUUUGUUGAAACUCCCGAAGGAACGAAUAUUUACAAAAGUCAACAGCAUAAUUCGUAUCUUUACGAAGCGCAGUUCACGAAUGCUAAAAAGAUAGUGAUGAUGCCAUUAGCGUCUUUUCAUAAGAUAGCUUCCGAUGUUGGUAACCCGAAGGUUCCGACUAUAUGGAUCUCCAGUACCGGACGAUGUGGUUCAACUCUUUUAGGUCAAGUGUUUUAUCGUAUUCCGGGAAUGCUUCUAUUAUCGGAACCGGAUGCUAUAACGAAUUUAGGAUAUUUGCAUAAAAACCUGUCACUACAACAAGGUGAAUACGAGCAGCUGCUGGCCAGUGCUGUUCGUCUUUUGUGUAAACCCGACGACAGAUAUAGCAUGAUCUGUGUCAAGGCUCGUCCAAACGCAACAGCUCUGUCUGAAGACAUAGCUCACAUGUUUCCCCAGAUUCGUCAAAUCUUUAUGUACAGGAACAGCUUAAAAACAGUCUGGUCGUACCUAGCUCUGUUACAGACCGAUCCGGCAUCGCAAGCUCUGAGGUUCAUCAUGGACAAUAAAGUCAUCUCCACUAUCCUGCCAUUCUUCAGAACCGGUGUCUAUAACUAUUAUGUGAAAGUAAACGCUAAGGAAAUAGAGACAAUCAAACCGUCCAAAUUAUCUACGGUGGGUAUCUUUACCGCUGCCUGGGCUGCGGGGGUAUCUCGGUGUGUCGAGGCUCGGGAGAAAGGUAUCCCUAUUCUCCCUAUUUUGUACGAAGACCUGAUGAAAAAUCCCCUCCAAAGCUGUAUAGUUUUGUUUAAUCGUUUAGACAUCCGUAAAGAAUAUCUAUCACUAGCCGCAGAAGCUUUCAAAGUGGACUACCAGAAAUCGUCUGUGUUAGGACAAGGUUUGUUGACAUCUGACACGAGACGCGCCAUUCCCACUGAAUGCCGAGUGGAAGCAGAUACAAUCCUUAAGAAAUAUAGUUUGCCAAAAUUAGGAGAACGAGUUGAAGUGCCCGGAUUAUUACGUUUUGAAUAAAAUGUGCUUUAUAUGUAACGCUUACAAAGGAGAAGUUCACCUGGCGCUUCCGCCUUCCAGUUGACAAUUUAGCCUUGCUCUUCCGCCUUCCGAUUGAUAAUUUAGCGGUAUGUUUAGAUAUUCUGUAUAUACGAUCCUGUUACAGACUUACGUCCGCAUCCAUCUGUAUAACUAUACGGCGCUGUGAAUUUAUAUUGCGUUGUGUUUAUGUACUGAAGAGUAACAAAUUAAACUUAUGGAAUAACAAUUACUGGUUAAUAAACAGGAUUGAUAAUUGUUAUUCCAUAUAUAGUUGUUAUACUGUGUACCGUUGUGUUGGUAACUUAAAUUAUAACAUUCGCCGGAAGUCUUUUGGUUUUCAUCCAAGAAGUGUUGUCGUCCGCUCCCUUUUUUAUACGGCAACAUUUAAUUGUCGUUAUCCUUACCAAUUCGUCAUUCAAUUUUUGUGGGCGUUCCACAAGAUAAGGUUAUCAUCUCGUCGGCUUAACAUUUAUACACAUAAUGUAAACAAGAAGAAUCCUGUUGAUUUUCAUGAAGUCCGAUCACUUUUCCGACACUCUAGCAGAUUGAUAUUAUACAGGUUUACACAGAAAGUUUAUUUUCGUGCGAUUAAGAUGCUGGCAACCUAUUUGUGUAAAGGCGUCAGAAUCUAGAUUAAGUUGUUUGUAUAUUUUGUACAGAUAUUUCAUAUUUCAUACCCGCUUUUAUAGAAAAAAUACAUCAAUUUAUUUACAGUAA